AUGGCGGUGACGACGGCGCCGGCGGGAGGCUCGGGGUUACCCCUGCUAGCGCUCGUCGCCUUCCUGGGGCUCACUGUGGCGGCCGCCGGAGAAGGAGCGGCGGCCGCGCCGCCCAAGUACAAGGACCCCCGGCAGCCGGUUAUGGCCCGCGUGAGGGAUCUCAUAAGCCGGAUGACACUUGCCGAGAAGAUCGGCCAGAUGACCCAGAUCGAGAGGUCCGUCGCCUCCCCCGACGUCGUCAAGCAAUUCGCCAUUGGUACUCCCCUCUCUCUCUCUCUCUCCCUUUUUUUUCUUCUUCUCCUUCGUAUCCUUCUUCUUGAGGCGGAGGAUGGUGGUUGCAGGAAGCGUGAUGGGCGGAGGCGGGAGCGUGCCCCGGCCGAGGGCCGCCGCCGAGGAGUGGGUGGCCAUGGUCAACGACCUGCAGAGGGGGAGUUUGUCCACCCCCCUUGGCAUUCCCAUCAUCUAUGGAAUCGACGCCGUCCACGGCCACAACAACGUCUUCAACGCCACCAUCUUCCCCCACAACGUCGCCCUCGGCGUCACCAGGCAAACCCCACGGCGGCGACGGCCCCCCGCCGCUGCCACCUCCCUCCCUCCCUCCCUCCUCCAGCCGGUGGUCCUGAACUCUCUUCCUGAAUUCUAUCUUCCUCCUGAGCAGGGACCCGGAGCUGGUGAAGAAGAUCGGUGCCGCCACCGCGCUGGAGGUCAGAGCCUCAGGCAUCCAGUACACCUUCGCUCCAUGCAUAGCGGUGCCAUUCUGAAACCCCUUCCACCAUGAUCAGACUGUGAAAUGUUGACCCUUAAGCUCAACCAGGAGAUCUCCUUCCUUCCUGCUCGAUCCAUCGCACAGGUCUGCAGAGAUCCGAGAUGGGGCCGCUGCUACGAGAGCUAUAGCGAAGACCCCGAGAUCGUCCAGAUGAUGACCGAGAUCAUCCCCGGCCUCCAGGGCGAUCCCCCUCCAUCCUCCAAGGGCGUCCCCUUCCUCGCUGGCAAGUAAGAAACCUCUCUCUUUCUCUCUCCUCUUUCUCUCUCCUCUUUCUCUCUCUGCUGUAAGUUGAUGGUGGCGGCUCUCCAGGGAGAAGGUGGCGGCCUGCGCGAAGCACUUCCUGGGGGACGGGGGGACCCAGAACGGCGUGAACGAGGGCAACGCCAUGACUGACCUCCACGAGCUGCUGGGCGUUCACAUGCCGGGGUACUACCAGGCGGUCAUCAAGGGCGUGUCCACCAUCAUGGUCUCCUACUCGAGCUGGAACGGGAGGAAGAUGCACGCCAACGGCGACCUCAUCACGGGGUUCCUCAAGAAUAAGCUCCACUUCAGGGUACGCCCCCCCGCCGCCAUCGCCGGCGAGCUUAUCGACCUUCUUCAUCCUGCUCUUCUGCAAUUGUUACUGUGUCUCCAGGGCUUCGUCAUCUCCGACUGGCAGGGAAUCGACAGGAUCACUUCCCCACCCGGCGCCAACUACACCUUCUCCGUCGAGAUCUCGGUCAACGCCGGCCUAGACAUGGUGAGCUAGCAACCAUGCGAGUCAACCCCUUCUUCUCUCUCACACACUCACUGAGGAUCUUCCAUUAUUCUUCUUCUUCUUGGUUGCACCGGCGGAGCAGAUCAUGGUGCCGUUCGACUACCAGGGAUUCAUCGGCAACCUCACCUACCUGGUCAACCACAACUUCGUGAACAUGUCCCGGAUCGACGACGCCGUGGAGAGGAUUCUCCGAGUCAAGUUCACCAUGGGCCUCUUCGAGAACCCCCUCGCCCCCCUCCACCUCUCCCACCACCUCGGCGCCACCGUAUAGAUCCACCUCUCCUCUCUCUCUCUCUCUCUCUCUCUCUCUCUCUCUCUCUCUCUCUCGCUCUAAGUUCUCUCUGUUCUAUGUGGGGGAGCAGGAGCACAGGGAGCUGGCGAGGGAGGCGGUGAGGAAGUCGCUGGUCCUGCUGAAGAACGGCGGGGCACUUCUUCCCCUGCCCAAGAAGGUCUCCAAGAUCCUGGUAACGGGCUCCCACGCCGAUAACCUCGGCUACCAGUGCGGCGGCUGGUCCAUCGAGUGGCAGGGCCUCAGCGGCAACGACCUCACCACCGGUAAGGAACUCUCUCUCUCUCUCUCUCUCUCUCUCUCUCUCUCCCGCUCCCGCCGCUGCCAGUGACCCUUCUACCACCGUGCAGGGACGACGAUCCUCGCCGGAAUCAGGGCCGCCGUGGACCUCUCGACGGAGGUGGUCUUCUGGGAGUCGCCGGAGAAGAGCGCGGUGGCGGCGGGGGGCUUCUCCUUCGCGGUGGUGGCGGUGGGGGAGACGCCCUACGCGGAGACGAAGGGGGACAGCGGCGAGCUCGCCAUAGCCGAGCAAGGGAGGAGCACCGUGGAGAACGCCUGUGCCGCCGUUCGCUGCGUGGUGGUUCUGGUCACCGGCCGGCCUGUGGCGGUGGAGGGGAUGGUGGCGCAGGUGGACGCGCUGGUUGCGGCGUGGUUGCCAGGGACGGAAGGCGGCGGGGGGAUCGCCGAUGUGCUCUUCGGGGAUUACGGCUUCUCCGGGAAGCUCGCAAGGACCUGGUUCAGGUCCGUGGACCAGCUCCCCAUGAACGUCGGAGACCCGCACUACGACCCGCUCUUCCCCUUCGGCUUCGGUCUCUCUACAGAACCCUCCACCAGGUAG